AUGCAAAGGUCUGAACCGCAGCUGGUUACUUUGUCACCAUUGCCGAUCCCUCCAGCGGAGCUGCAAGACUACUUGGCUUGUCGUUUCAAAUGUCGCACGAAUGCGGAUUCCAGUCAAGGCAAAAUGCAACAUUUGUCUACAUCUCCGUCUAAUUCGAGGAAGCCAUCCAAUAGUUCUUGUAGUCCGUUCUGUUAUGCAGACUGUCACAGGCAAUCAGUCCUAGAAUCCACUCUCGCCGUAGCUCGAAAACACGCUCAUUGGAGCGAAUGUUCCACAACCAGUGCCUCGGAUUCUGUGGCAUCCUCCGGACCUAACUGCUCAUCAUCACCGGCGGAGCCUUGUCUGUCCUGUGUUCCUUUCUCAGGUCCUGAUACAAAGGUAUCGGCUCCCACUGUUACAGCCAGUGUGGAAUGUGAAUCGUCGGUCGCUCCUUUGGCAACUGUAUCUCAGACGGGAUUUCACUCUCCUGGCCUCGCAAUGGCAGCGAUAUCCAAUCAACCGUCCAUUGUGAAUGGGAAAGUAUCCAUACUCAACCGCUCAUUGUCUAGCGGUAACAGUCCACAGUUUCAUUUGACACCGCUCCAUCCAACUUGUACGGUUAUCCCUGGAAGUCAGUACUUCACGUCUCGUCGGCGACAUACAGCCAGUGCGAGUGAAGCCUUAUCAUUUCAAAGUGGAUUUUCAUCAGGUGAUGGAGCUCCGAACGCCACUGACAGUAUGCGAACACAUAGUACAAAAGCGUCGUUAGUCUCUUUGGCUGUCUCUGCAAUUCCCCUUUGGGCUGAAGCCCCUUCGAAAGCGAAACCAAGAACUGGAUGUAAUUACAUGUCCCGCGAAAUGCUUGCUGCAUUGUAUUCACAAAGAAAACGACAGCAGCAACAACAAAAACCAUAUGGUCAUCAACCUCCCCCUCCACCACCCCCAGCACAGCGACCACUUCCUUCCACGGGUCUCGGUCUGCCUAACUAGGACACUGGUCCGAAAUCAGGGGAACACUGUGAAUUUCUAUGCAACCGAGAUUAUCAGUUUUCUCCGUCGAUUCCGGAAACAUAUUUCACAUCCGGUUGUGUGCUGGAAACAUACACAUUAGCUCAUUCCACAGAUACCUAUCAGUCGACUAUUUUAUCAAACCCGACCGAGCAUUAUGGGAAUACCGCAGGGACGAGCUGCUCACAGCACGCUGACCACAUGGCACGUUCGUCGCAGAAUGUGGGAAGACCAUACAUCAAUAUGGUCCCACCUUCCCAUCGAAACGGUUUACAACCGAUUGAAGAGUGUCGAUUCUCCUCUAAUGCCUCCGAAUAUUCGCUCACUCAACCUUUGGCUCGUCGUGCAUUGGUUCCAUCAGAGUCCACACCGAUACCUACUUGCUCAAGCGUCUCAGGCCUCUCAGACCCGAUCGAAUCGAGAAAUGGCACUUCAACACAAAAUUUGCUUAACGGGAACGGAACAGGUUCGGCAAACAGCACUCAGGGAAGUUAUGUGAAUGUUACGGCUUGCGCCCUUUCCACCAAUCGAACCGGAACUGCUGUAUCUAACUCAUCUGCGGGCAGUCAUACAGUUCAAUAUAUCAAUCUUGCUUCCGCAUCCAUGCGUUCGUGCAGCACGGAUUCACCAAGUGGACACUGCGUUUCACUUACAAUAACCACACCCGUUCAGUCUAUUUGUCAGUGUUAUCGAACGGAACCGACUACUAACCAUGUGGCCCUUUCUUCCACCAGUCAUUCGCCACGCAAAUGCAGCGGAGAACAAUCCCCUUGUCAUAUCCGCUCAACCUGUUCUACUUCGGUUUGUUUGCACCAGUCCAACAUGGCUCAGACGUUUGCAACGGAUCAGUGUAAUAAAGAGUGCGUUCCUGCGGUGCUACCUACGUCCAAACCCGGUGUUCUCUCGAACAACGUACCCCGUUUGCACUACGCUCAUCUGACUCUAUCUAAUGAUUCCACUUGCCGCAUGUUGAGGCCUUCUUCCUCGGCAACUUCCAAUCGUGAGUCUAGCUCAGAUCUGCGCCCAAACAUACACACCGUCCAGUCUCUGCCCUGUGCAUUUGUCGGAACUACCGGUGCGACGGGUACUGUUAUGAGUACAUCCCAUUCAGGUGACAUCGCCACCACAACUUCUGUCAGUACGACUUGUUCCGGAUUAAAUUAUGUGACCAUUGAUUUGGUUCAAACUAAAGCUCUUUCAGAACUGGAACGCGAGUUGCGCGGUGCCACCGAAUCAGAGAGCGGUUCACAUUCACUGCUGAACACCGGUUCCAGGCGUGCAACCAUCUCUCGUGCCGGUACUCAUUCCGCUACUCUUCCAGGCCCAUCCACGACCGUUGAUGUAAGUCUAAAUAAUUUUUCAGCGCAUAUUUCGACCCUUUGCGAUAAUAAUAUUACUUUCCGUUUUCUUUUUUCGUGA